GCCUGGUCUGGGCCGGUAGGCGGGUGACGAGGGUGAGCCCAGUCCGCGCGUCGCCAGGACUGUGCGGACACACCUGCCUUGCUCCGCGAUCUCAGGUGCCAGGCCAUGGAGCGUCAGGUCCAGCGACUUCGCCAGGCGUUCCGGUCCGGCCGAUCGCGACCGCUGCGCUUCCGACAGCAGCAGCUCGAGGCCCUGCGGAGGAUGGUGCAGGAGCGCGAGAAGGACAUCUUGGCAGCCAUCGCGGCGGACCUGUGCAAGAGCGAACUCAAUGCCUACAGUCAUGAAGUCAUUACCAUCCUUGGGGAAAUUGAUUUUAUGCUCGCAAAUCUUCCUGAAUUGGCUUCUGCUAAACCAGCUAAGAAGAAUCUGCUUACCUUGUUGGAUGAGGCCUAUGUUCAGCCAGAGCCUCUGGGAGUCGUAUUGAUUAUUGGAGCUUGGAACUACCCUUUUGUUCUUAUCAUGCAGCCUCUGGUGGGAGCCAUCGCUGCAGGAAAUGCUGCGAUUGUUAAGCCUUCAGAACUAAGUGAAAACACGGCUAAACUCUUGGCUAAACUCCUUCCGCAGUAUUUAGACCAGGACCUGUAUGCGGUUCUUAAUGGUGGUGUUGCGGAGACCACAGAGCUCCUGAAGCAGCGGUUCGAUCACAUUCUCUACACAGGCAACACCGCGGUGGGAAAGAUUGUCAUGGAAGCUGCUGCCAAGCACCUGACCCCUGUGACCCUGGAACUCGGGGGGAAAAGCCCAUGUUACAUUGACAGAGACUGUGAUCUGGACAUCGCUUGCAGACGCAUAACCUGGGGAAAGUACAUGAACUGUGGUCAAACCUGCAUAGCUCCAGACUAUGUCCUCUGUGAAGCUUCGCUCCAGGAUCAGAUCGUACAGAAGAUUAAGGAGACGGUGAAGGACUUCUACGGGGAAAAUAUAAAAGAGUCUCCUGAUUAUGAAAGGAUCAUCAAUCUUCGUCACUUUAAGAGGUUACAAGGAUUGCUUGAAGGACAGAAAAUAGCUUUUGGCGGGGAGACUGAUGAAGUCACACGCUACAUAGCCCCAACCGUACUUACUGAUGUUGAUCCUAAUUCCAAGGUGAUGCAGGAAGAAAUUUUUGGACCAAUUCUCCCAAUAGUGUCUGUGAAAAAUGUAGAUGAAGCCAUUAAUUUCAUAAAUGAUCGUGAAAAGCCCCUGGCGCUCUAUGUGUUUUCUCAUAACAAUAAGCUCAUCAAACGGGUGAUCGAGGAAACCUCCAGCGGUGGGGUCACAGGCAAUGAUGUCAUCAUGCACUUCACUGUCAAUUCUUUGCCCUUUGGAGGUGUGGGUGCCAGCGGAAUGGGGGCUUAUCAUGGGAAAUACAGUUUUGACACCUUUUCUCAUCAGCGCCCCUGUUUGUUGAAAGGAUUAAAGGGAGAGAGUGCCAACAAGCUCAGGUACCCUCCCAACAGCCAGUCCAAGCUCGGCUGGGCCAAGUUCUUCCUGCUGAAGCAGUUCAACAGAGCUGGGCUGCUGACGCUGCUGGUCGCGUGCUUGGCUGUGGUUGCAGCCGUGUUCAUCAAGAAAUACCAAGCUCUGCCGAGGGGGAAUGCCCUGUUGGCUUCUCUGGCAGUUCACAGACUGCGCUGGCCCCGUAAACACUCAUGAUCAGAUCUCAGCUGUCUGUUGAGAGUGAGGAAUAUCUGUAAUGACUUCCUCGUAUCCUCUACUGAAUUGUUCCUCUACUAAAUGCCUGACAAACCAAUAUCUUUAAAAUUGUACCCAAACCGGGAAAUUACAGAUGAACUGCAAUCAAACCUAAGUCGUUGCCACUUCCCACUAACAAAACUCACUGUGUGGCCAAAUUCCAGCACUUGUCAGCAGUGAAGGAGGACAUAGACUGUGCUGGGGCGACAAUGUGCCACGUGAAGUCCCAGCUCCGUGGGCAGUGUCAGGGAGAAGGUGGCUGUCCCACUGUCCCAUCUCUUCUUCGCUCCAGCUCAUAGCACUUCCCACUCCUGCGUCUUCUGCUCUCAGGCGUCAGCAAAGCCCUCCAGGUCACCUCGGCCCCAGCUUGCCAGCUGUCUGGAGAGGCGAGGUUAGGUCUUCCCAACCUUAGGUUGAGGUCCUAAACUGGGGAAGUGGGUAUGUCCACCUCAUCCACUGUGCUGAGACUCUGGCCUUCAGGAACUGGCUCUCCAUUUAAACAUCCUUUCCUGUUCGUUGUCCAUAACCUGAAGUGUGUGUGUUUGUGACGGUCUGUCGUGACUGUCCACAGUGCCUUUAUGAUGACAUGAGCUACACCGAGCCUCUUGUCAGGAAGCAGUGCUUUCUUUGUGAAUGCCACUGAGAACAUCUUGUAGUCACAGCUGUUCCAGAGGCCAAGGUUAGAAGAUCCCUGAGCCCAGGAGUUUGGGACCAGCCUAGGGUACAUAGUGUGAACCACCCCACAGUUCUCCAUAAAAACCCUUCGAGAUCCUAAAGUUGAAUGUCACAUAGAUUUUCAAGGAUAAAUCUUUUCUUGUUUUCAUAGCACAAUGCAAGGAAACUUCACUUUUUAAAUUUUAGAGGGAUCCCUUUCUGAUUAAAUUUAGCCUACAGAUCUUUCAGUAUGGUCCAGCUCCUGUCAUGAAAAGGGGAUGCUAGGAUCCAAGGCUUCAGAAGGCACGGGACAGAGGCUGUUGGAGGAUGCUGUGAGCUGGUGGGACACCCUGCAGAGAUGGGACAAUAAGAAGAGCUCCCGAGCAUGUGGGGCAUCUUCUCAUUCAGAUCCUGAUGUGGCCAAGUGGGGCAGUGGCAAGAGAGACCUGUGUGGAGCUCAGCUCUCCUGCCAGGGCUGGCUGCGCCCCAACCCCAAGCUGCAGGGCUCCCGCUGCCUUUUUGGGGUCCAGAUUGAGACUUGAUCCCACUCGAUGAGAAUGUAACUUGCUUUAUUGACUGUAGAGCCAUCAUUGCUGAAUAACCUGUUCCCUCACUGAAGCUGUCUGAAGGGUGUUGUCUCUACUAAAGUAUGAGGUAGCAAAACAAAAUCAAACCAUUGUCCUGUUUAGCAAGUAGUUACUUAAGUGGCAGUUGUCAUAGACUAAUCAUAAAAUAUUUUGCACAAAAUUCCAAUGUAGAAUUUGCUCAUACUAUUAUGUUAAAUUAUAAAUCAUAACUUCUAGUUAGACUAUAAUACUUACAUACUAUACUAAUCUUCAAAAUAAAUGUUUUUCAUAAAUUA